UGAGGGAAGGAGACACUUGCUGGAAUCCAGAGCACGCCGCCCGCUGGCUGCUUCCCGAGGGCUACUCUCGACGGGUGCCUCGCGUCCCUUUUCUCUCCAUUCCCCACCCGCCCGCCUGCCCGCCUGCCCGCCUGCCUCGGGAGGUUGCCCAGGUUGGCUCGUCCUCCCCUCCUUUCCUUUCCGGCAAUCGGGAGCCGUCCGCUAAAACAGCCGCCCCCCCCAAGCCCUCCCCAGAACCACUCCAGGAUGUGCCGCUGACAAGCAGCCGCGACCAGCCUUGCGCGCCACUCGUCCGCCUCCGUGGUAUCGGGGGAGACGAAAAAGGACGACUUGAAGGAGUUUGGGGUCGCGCCAGCCCGGGAAGUUGCUGCAAAACGUGCAGAGCCGGGGUGUCCGCCUCCAGUGCUCCGGAUCACCUUCCCUCGGAACUCCGGAGAAGCCGAGCCCUGCCUUGGAGCGCAGGGGAUGCAGCCCGCCGCUCCAGUUACCCUCUAGAUAAAAUGAGGAGACAUACUUGUGGAAGAUCCCUUGAGAAUGGAGACAUGAUGGGGUAUCAAUCUCAAAAGGGCUCCUUAAUGGCCAUGGACAGAACAUUGGCAAACACCCUGGUGCUGUCUAUGGUGCUGGGCUGUUCAGCUGCCCUAAUGGAUACUUCGGUGCCAAACUCCAGGGAACCUGUGGUAAACGUGGCUGUGGUUUUCAGCAGCUCUUCAUACUCUCUCCAUAUCCGGAGCCGACUAACAUACCAGACCUUCCUGGACAUGCCUCUAGAGGUCCAUCCAGUCACCGUGGUGGUUAAUGACACUAAUCCCAGCACACUCUUGACUCAAAUCUGUGACAUGCUCUCCAGCACAAAAAUCCAUGGAAUUGUCUUUGAGGACAACAUUGGUACAGAAGCUGUGGCACAGAUCCUUGAUUUCAUCUCAUCCCAGACCUAUGUACCUAUCGUUAGUAUCAGUGGAGGAUCUGCUGUAGUCCUUACACCUAAGGAGCCUGGCUCUGCCUUUCUACAGUUGGGUGUCUCAAUUGAACAACAGAUACAAGUGAUCUUCAAAGUCUUGGAGGAAUACGACUGGAGCUCCUUCGCUGUUAUCACCAGCCUCUAUCCAGGAUAUAGCAUCUUCCUGGAUGUAAUUCGGUCCUUCACAGACACCAGCUAUUUUGGCUGGGAGAUCCAGGAUGUCUUGACCUUUGAGAUGUCCCAGGAUACGAGCAUCUCCAAACUGCAGAAGCUGCUGCGCCAGAUAGACGCUCAAGUCAUGAUCGUCUAUUGUUCACAAGAUGAGGCAGAGUUCCUCUUCCAGGUGGUCGAGCAGGCCGGUUUGAUCGGCCCUGGCUAUGUCUGGAUUGUGCCUAGUCUAACAGUGGGCAACAUGGAUGUGCCACCUACCUCAUUCCCUAUUGGCCUCGUCAGCGUGGCCACUGAAAGCUGGAAAAUGAACCUGAGACAAAAGGUCCGGGAUGGAGUGGCUAUCAUUGCUAUCGGAGCUGAGAGCUAUUUCAACGCCCAUGGCUAUCUCCCCAUCGUGGGUAGAGACUGCAAUAGCAAAACCCCUUCUAGCGCACCAACAAACACUUUCUAUAGGCAUUUACUCAAUGUGACAUGGGACAACAGGGAUUUCUCCUUCAACAGAGGUGGUUACUUGGUGAGGCCCACCAUGGUGGUGAUUUCAUUGAACCGGCAUCGACUCUGGGAGAUGGUGGGGAAAUGGGAAAAGGGAAUUAUCCGUAUGGAAUAUCCAGUGUGGCCACGCUAUGGAUCCUUCCUGCAGCCCAUGUCAGAUAAUCGCCACCUCACAGUGGCUACCCUUGAAGAAAGACCAUUUGUGAUUGUGGAGAACACAGAUCCUUCCACUGGAGUAUGUGUCCGCAAUACAGUCCCUUGCCGGAAACAGACCAACUCCUCCGUAAGUGGGACUGAACCUAUGGACCCAUAUACCAAACUCUGCUGCAAAGGUUUUUGCAUUGACAUCCUAAAGAAACUAGCCAAGACGGUGAAGUUCUCCUAUGAUCUCUACCUGGUGACAAAUGGAAAACAUGGUAAAAUAGUGGAUGGUUUCUGGAAUGGCAUGAUUGGUGAGGUAUAUUACAAGCGAGCAGAUAUGGCCAUUGGAUCUCUCACCAUCAACGAGGAACGCUCACAAAUUAUUGAUUUUUCUGUACCUUUUGUGGAGACGGGCAUUAGUGUCAUGGUAGCCAGAAGCAACGGGACUGUCUCACCCUCUGCUUUUCUAGAGCCUUACAGCCCAGCUGUGUGGGUGAUGAUGUUUGUAAUGUGUCUCACGGUUGUUGCUAUCACAGUCUUCGUGUUUGAAUAUUUCAGUCCUGUUGGCUACAACCAGAAUUUAACCAGUGGCAAAAAGUCCGGUGGGCCAUCCUUCACUAUCGGCAAGUCGAUUUGGCUACUCUGGGCUCUGGUUUUCAACAAUUCUGUUCCCAUUGAAAAUCCCAAAGGCACCACCAGUAAAAUUAUGGUCCUCAUCUGGGCUUUCUUUGCUGUCAUCUUCUUAGCCAGCUACACUGCAAACUUGGCAGCAUUCAUGAUCCAGGAGCAAUAUAUUGAUACCGUCUCUGGGCUGAGCGAUAGGAAGUUCCAAAAACCUCAAGAGCAGUACCCUCCAUUCCGAUUUGGAACAGUUCCCAAUGGUAGUACAGAGAGAAAUAUCCGGAGCAAUUACCACGACAUGCAUACCCACAUGGUAAAAUACAACCAGCGCUCGGUGGAAGACGCCCUCGUCAGCCUCAAAAUGGGAAAGCUGGAUGCUUUUAUCUAUGAUGCCGCAGUGCUCAAUUACAUGGCUGGCAAGGAUGAGGGUUGCAAGCUGGUAACCAUUGGCAGUGGGAAAGUCUUUGCCACCACUGGCUAUGGCAUUGCCCUCCAGAAGGACUCCAAGUGGAAGAGAACGAUUGAUUUAGCUCUCCUGCAAUUCCUGGGAGACGGUGAAACCCAAAAACUGGAGACUGUAUGGUUGUCUGGUAUCUGCCAAAAUGAAAAGAAUGAAGUGAUGAGCAGUAAACUAGACAUUGAUAACAUGGCGGGGGUCUUUUAUAUGCUGCUGGUGGCAAUGGGGCUGAGCCUGCUUGUCUUUGCUUGGGAACACCUGGUGUUUUGGAAGUUGCGGCAUUCCGUGCCAAAGUCCCACAAACUUGAUUUCCUUCUAGCUAUAAGCAGGGGUAUUUACAGCUGUUUUAAUGGAGUCCAGAACCUGGAGAGUCCUGUUCAUGUUUACAAACCAGAUGUCACUGCUAACUCUGCUCAAGCCAAUGUGCUUAAGAUGCUGCAGGCAGCCAAGAAUAUGGUAUCAACAGCCAGUGUUGGAAACUCACUGGAAAAUGCUACACGCACUAUAGAGAACUGGUCUAGUAGGAGUGAAAACUUCCAAACAACUUUCUCCUUAAGGACUCCCCAAUUUGUGAUUCAAAACACUAGUGGGUCAAACAGGCCAGCUCAUUCCUCCAACACUACAACAAGUGAGAAGCUAGGGAGAAACCUUCCACCUUUGCUUCUGGCACCUCAGCAAACUGUGGGACCAACCAGUGAAAGCUGCGGAGAGACAAUUGAGCACUCACCGAUACUCCAUCCACUCAAAUUAGGAGGCAACUGCUCUGAAGAUAAGAUUAUUCCAGGUUUUGCUGUGUACCACGCUCCACAGUAUUUGGUAACCACAUCUCAGGCUAACCUCAGAAAACAUAUCGGAAGUCCUCUUAGUGAUGCUCCUCAUUCCCCAAUCAGGGCUCUUCAGGAACUUUCUCCACAUAAUCAUAAGUAUACGCUCCCUGUGUCCAGAGGCCAGGGGAAACAAAAAUUCCACCAGAAUGAUCCCCUGUAUAAAGAAGGUGAGCAUAGCAGUGCAAUCCAGGAUUCAAGGCUAGCUUUCUCUUCUGAGAAGAAAAAGAAUUUGGAAACUCACUACUUGCCCCAUCCCUGUAUAUAUAAUUCCUUCCCAAAGGACAACAGAACUUGUAGACCCUUUGCACAUAAAGAAUACGACCCACUAGAGCUGGGGAGAGAAAAGGAGACCUAUACAGCUAGCCUUUCAAGAUCAACCUUGGAACAGCAUGAACAGUUCCAUUCUCUAGGCAUCUGGAAGCAUCCACCAAAGUGUUCCAGUUCCAGGGAUGUCCUGGACUUCUUUCCCAAAGCUAGCUUGAUCCCCAAAGCAAAACUGCUGCCUGGGAUCCAUCAUGGAGUCCACCACCAUUCUCCUGAUGCCCUUAGGCCAAGCAAUGCGUGCAAUAGGAAAUGUAUGCAGGCCGACGGCCUAAGUUGGAAGGAGAAACAGCUGCUACAUUCACAAUCUAUGCGGCUCCCAUCCUAUCGAGAGGCCUGUCUACCGUACAUCUCAGGCAUACACAGGGCUUCUUCAGCUGUAGUGCAGAAGCAAUAUGCUUAUGUGAACUCGUACCCAAAUUUACCUGUUUAUUGGAGAAGCUUUCAUCCAAGCUCUUCUCACCUAUGUGAACAAUCCAGUGCCUCCCAGCACUGUUUCAGCCAGGCAUCCUGGCCCUCAUGCAGCAGGGAUUUCUUGGUCCAUGAGGACGGACAGAGGGCCACGUACUUUGAUAGCACACAGAGAGACUGCAGAAAUCAGAGCAGGGUUUAUCCAACAUUUAUUCAGAUGGCCAACACUGAGAGGAGAAAUACGUCGACAACCCCGAGGAUGCACAGCCCUUGCGCAACAAGAUCAUGGAGGCGCAUAUCUAGCCUAGAAUCUGAAGUCUGAUCACGGAAAAAAGGCGGGGUGGAGCGGGGAGAGGAUGACGCUAAGAGUGCCUGCGCUUGAUGCGUAACUUAUCAUUCCCAUGCACAAGAAACCACUUCUGUGGGGGCACUCUAGAAAUAGACACGUAUGGGUAAAUGACAAACCAUCUUGAACUAUCGAUCUCCUUCUCCCUAUGAUACCGGUACCAAGAAAAAGUCACGGUCUCUUCUGUACACACAAGAGCAAGUGACCUUUCUCUUUUAUCUCCUGCUGGAAUUAAGAUCAAAGCAACACUCAAAGCCCAGUCGAAGGCACUUUAAGGACUGCAUUCCAAAGUCUUCCAUUGCUGAGCACUGGAGCACUCAUUUCAUGCAAAAGGCUCCUGGUGGCAAUUCACAGCAUGCAGCCUCUGUGUGGAUAGCUUAAAACACAUCGAUUCCAGUGUCAAACAUCUACAACGCAGUGCCAGCUAUUUUUCAGAGCAUGCUGUCCGUAACACAGCUGGAAACGGCCGACAGCAUCCUAAUAAAAAUUAGGACUAUCUUGUUUACCCCUAUGCACUGAUAUAAAUGGAACUAUAUAAAUGAUUAACGGGCAAAUACUAUAUUUUUAGUGUUUUACAUUACCCUCUGAUUCUUCAUAAAGAGCCUCAAAUGCCAUGUGUUAAAAUGUAUUAACUUCCCCUUUCUUUUUCUCAUGUAGCUUUUGGCUGCAUUGGCAAAUCUUGUCUUUUACAUUAUCCCUAAAACAGUAAAAAGGCUUUCUUGCCUUUCCUUUUAAAAGUACAGCAUCAUAUAAAAGACAUAUUUAAAACAAUAGCUGCUAUUGCCACAUCAAAUUUGAACUGCUGAGCAAAUACAGGUGACAGGAAAGUAUUCGUGAGAAUGUUAUUGUCUUAUUAUGCAGACUAAUAUUCCAGAUUCAUUCAGGCAUCUUGCUUACUCCCAGAGCAUGACCAAAAAUUCAAAUUCAGGCAGAAAUAUUCUUAUAUAUCAAGAAGGCAUCAGAAGAAGCAGCUGUGUAGCUUCCCAGUUUCGGAUAAGGUAUUUGUAGCAGCCUAGUGAAGGCUCCCGUGUUUAAAAGGGAUCACCAGAGAGGCAUUCAGUGGCCCUGUUGACUGUCUUUAAAAAUUAUUUAUGUUAACAGCAAAUGCAGACUGGCUUAUUGGUUUGCAAAUAAAAGGAGAUCACCAACAUACAAGUUUUCUAUAUAUUUGGAGAAUUCCAGAAGCAUGCUGAAGCUUAGAGCUGUAAAUUAAAAGGCAAAGGUUUGGGAUUUGGGAGCCAACAAGGACUCCAGAACUAAUAAGAUACUGAUGCUAGACAGUUGAGCCUAGAGAAAAACAAGCAAACAAACAAUUGGUAGCUAUUUCACGCACAUUGUCUGCGGACAGAAUUGCAAAAAGGAAUGUUAUUUUUUGCUACUAUCUUUUGUUUAGGGAUGGGAAAACCUGUAUCCCUUAGAUCCUUGCCCCUGCAGGUAAGCUGUCCUUGUCCCUUCCAGAGGAGGGGGCCAUGAGAAGCUUGCCCCAGGUGACGGUUUGCUGAAACUGCAGGGAGGCGGCAUCCAUCGCAUGCACAUUCUGCUGGCUCUUUAUCAGAUGGGCAUAUGCCACUCAGAGCAGACAGUCUUGCAGAUAGCCAGCCUGAAACCAGAUAGGGCUUUAAUCCGCACCUUAAAUUGUCCCAAAGGUGCUUUUCCAAAAGGCAACUGGACUUCGUUUUUCCUUCGUUUGAAAAACCAAGUCCAGCUGCCUUUUGAAAAAGCACCUUUGAGACAACCAUGACUUGGAUGACUGAGAAUCUCCAUAGACAUUUAGCACCUUAAAUUCCACUCAGAAGCUGUCUGGCAAUCAACAGCAGUUCUGCAACCAACUGUUACAUGACUAAAGCAGGCUUCGCUUGUUACUCUGUGCAGCUGGAUUUUGAAUUGGCUGUAGCUCCCAAUUGGCCCUCAAGGGCAGCCCCAUAUAGAGCGAAUUACAUUUGUCUUGUUAUGAAGUGACAAGAGCAUGAAUUACCAUAGUAAAACCUCUUCUUCCAUGAAAGGCCACAACUAAUGUACCAGCUGAAGCUGGAAAAAGACUCCUCUGCCAUGACUUCCACUGUUAUUACAGCAGGAGUCUUGAGCACAGGAGAAGCUCCAGGUUGCAAACUUGCUCUCCACAAGGGGAGUACUGCUUUGUUCUAGAGUCAGUUGGAUUUUUUUUUUCUGGAAUCGGAAGACUUUAAUUCAACAGCCUUCCAUUUUGCUGGGAUAAACCCAAGCUGUUUCUUUCCCCUUCCAAUUUUUAACAGUUUAUAGGCACCAGAUCAGGCCUUAGCAUUGCCUAUCUGGUUCAAGGUGUAGGUAUGCAACUGGAUUAUCAUCAGCAUAUUAAAGAUGCCUCACCUAUGCCAGUAGGGAACCUCCCCUAGAAACUUUGGUUAGACAUUAAAUAAUAAAAGGGGCUGAGUGCUCCAUCUGCUCUGGAAGGAAGAGAACCAUUACAGCUCAGUGUUGUGUUUCCCACUCCUAACCUUGCAGGUAAUCUAGGAGAAUAUAUCAAUUAAUGGUAGUGAAAAUUGUCAAGAGGUCUGGCAGGACCAGAAACUUUAUCCCCUUCCCAUCCACGUCCUGCCCCAGGUCAUCUCCAAAAUGGACCAAUGCAUUUCAUUUUCAUUUUUCCUUCUCACCAUUGUGAAAGUAAGCUCCACUGAGAAAUUCUUGAUGAAAAAUUAGGAAAGGGACAGUAACUAACUCAACGCUCAUGUUUUCGUUUGGCUUCUCUUCUGUAAGCAUUGUUGACCAUAAAGCCAUCCACUAAAACAUUACAUUAAAAAAAAUAUUCUAUUCUGAGCAAUACAAGGACAGCAAAGAGCUGUGUUGAGUCUUCAAAAUGUAUUGUCAUUGAAGUUGCUAGAUUUCUUUCUUUUUUUUUUUCCCCCUCCAGGUGAAUCCUGUUUCUCAAUUGCAAAUAUUUUGCUUGCAAACCCCUAGGAUUUUAUGGCCAUGGCUAAAGCACAGGAUUUGAUAUGUAUGUUUGUGGGUAGAUCUUGGGGACAUAGGAAGUAAGCUAUGUCCUUCAUGCAUAAUCAAUCUUCAGUCCUCUCUACUAAUAUUCUGGGAAACAUUUCUAACAAAUGAAGAAAAAACUGUUUACCCUUCAUACUUCAUAAACUGUGAAAAUUACACUGA